CAGAGGAUCUACUUCCUGCUUGUUUGUUUGCAAGAGAUGUGGUCGCUCUGGUGACGUAAGACAUACAGAGAGAGGUCGCUCUCAGUUUAAAGGGAUCUCUGUCACAAGCAGAAACAGUGUUGUGGUGCUCACCCCUGCAGAGACAGAUCACAACAUUAAACAGAAAAGGCAUGAAUGCUUUCAGUUCAGGUGAAGGUUUGAAGUGUUUACAGCAAUGCAGAGUGUUUGUGAGUGUGUGCGUGUGUGUCUGGGUUCCAGGUGCUGUCCCCAGUGUAACCCGAGCUGGACUUUAUUAAUAAAUAAUGCAUCUGAACCAGUCAGCUCGGACGGUAUGUAGCCCCAGCUUCUCCUGCCAUUCGCCCUCCGAAGGACAGACACAGGCAGCCUCACUGCAGCAGCAGCUUUCCCAACUUCAGGAUUCAGUUUCAGCUAUUUCUGUUUCGUCCUGUCGUCUGGAUCGACGCCGACAGCCAUGAAUCCUGAAUAUGACUACCUGUUCAAGCUGCUCUUGAUCGGUGACUCCGGAGUGGGGAAGUCGUGUCUGCUCCUUCGCUUUGCAGAUGACACUUACACAGAGAGUUACAUCUCCACCAUCGGAGUCGACUUUAAGAUCAGGACCAUCGACAUGGACGGGAAGACGGUGAAACUACAGAUUUGGGACACAGCAGGGCAGGAGAGGUUUCGAACCAUCACCUCCAGCUACUACAGAGGAGCUCACGGCAUCAUCAUUGUGUACGACGUCACAGAGCAGGAGUCCUUUAACAACGUGAAGCAGUGGUUGGACGAGAUCGAUCGUUACGCCUGUGAAAACGUCUCCAGGCUGCUGGUGGGGAACAAGUCCGACCUCGUUAGUAAGAAAGUGGUGGACGCUGCUACUGGACAGGACCUGGCCUCGUCUCUAAAGAUCCCCUUCCUGGAGACGAGCGCCAAGAGCUCUGAUAACGUGGAGAAGUCCUUCCUCACCAUGGCCUCUGAGAUCCACAAGCGCGUGGCCACUGAAGACGGGGGCAUGCAGGGUGACGGGAAGGAGACCAGGGCCCAGAACCCUAAGAUCAACAGCGCCCCCUUGUGGCUGGGAGGGGAAAAACAGACGCAGGAUGCCAGUAACUGCUGCUGAGCAGGAGAUCUCACUGUGCUGACAUGAAUGCUAUGAUAUGUACAUUUUCCAGAAGAGGAGGAAGUAUCUGAUUUUAAACACAUCCAUAGUAUCUGGACUGUGUGAAUGUUUUAACAUGUUUGCUAUUGAUGUAAAAUAUGACUUUUCUGGAUUUAGCGUGACGAGAAUAUAUAUUUUCUGAGGUUGAUAUUUUUAAAUUGAAUGCACGAUGACAUCACUGUUUUAUUAAAGCACAGAUGACCAAAAGUCAGCCGUUUGAACAACAAAGAAAAUACGAAUUUAAACAUUCAGGACGAGUUUUAUAUCCAGAGGUUUGUCCUCAGUGUCAUAACUUUACCUCAAGAUAAAAAGACAACAAGAGGAGUCUCAAUAUUUAAUGACAUUAGUUCUAACAUCCCAUGAAGAUAGUGUACUUUGAUACAGCCUGAGCUGUUGCUACAGAUGAAUGUUGGACCUCAUUCCCCUUAAGGAUAACACUUUGAUUUAUUGUAUUUAUCAGAUUCUGUUGUGUUUUGUUUAUGUCAAUAAAGAAAAAUAGAUUCUCAUGCA